GAGAAGUGUUAGCACAAACACACACAGACACACACAUACGCUAAUGGGACUGUCGAUCAUUUCACCUCUUCUAAACUCACUAUCCUGACUGCAGAGAUCAAGAAAGUAAGCCCUACAGGUUUAACACGACAUGAGGUAUCUCAGGCUGUAGUGUGGUGAAUCUUUAAGACAACAGCGGCGAUUGAUUGACAAGUCAGACAUCAGGAUGUUUAACCCUCAUCAGCACCAGCAGCAGCAGCAGCAGCAGCAGUUUCAUCAGCACCUGCGACAACUGCAGCAGCUCUUUCAGCAGCAGACACCUCCUCCACCACCACCACAACCACCACAACCUCCACCCACUCAUCACAUCACACAUCACCAUCAGACUGCACGGCCUAUAGCUGUGCCCGCCCCUGCACCCCCUCCUUCCCGCAUGGUAAACCUCUGCUCGGCCACUCAAAGCAUCAUCGGACCCAAUCCCAUGCUGCAGGGGGCGCUGCUUAUGCAACAGAUGCAGGCCGGCAGCAUGCGAGGGUUUGCUAUGGGCGGACAGCAGUUCCCUCAGUUCUUCGCUCCAGGAUCCAGAACGUCUCUGCUCGGGCCUGUUCCAAUGGGAGUGGCCAUCAAAACUCCACACAUGGGAUUCCCGCGACAUUUCACCCCACACCAACGCUACUACAGCAAUGACUUUCAGUCACAUCAGCCAGACAGGAAAAGGGAGAACGAGCAGAAGUCAGAAGCGAGCAGAAGCAGAGCAGCAGAUGAAGCUGCAGGUGUUGCAGAUCCGGGCUGUCAAUCAUCUUCAGAGCCGCUCGAUGAAUCGGCAGCUAAAAAACACAAAACGGACGGGUCAGAGAAGCUUGUUGAGACCGAAUCGACUCAAAUCAGUGAAUCUAAGAGUCCAGAUCCUGCAGAGUGUGCGCUGCAGGAAGCAGGAAGUGUGGACGGGCCAGUGGCCACUGAGGCAGAUGAACAAAGUCGAGUGGCCAAGCAGGAUGAAAGUACAGAAGCGUCCGUUCAAGGCACAGAGCAUGAGAACAGUGACAUCACUGAUGACAUCACUGAUGACAUCACAGACUCUGAUACAGUCACUGAAAUGAAGGAGACCACAGCCACUCCCCUCAUAGCCAGGGUUCAGGAGGAGGUUAAAGAUGGCGGAGGAGAGACCGCCGGCAAAUUCAUCUGCUACAUAUGCAACAUCACAUGCCAUAACCAGCAAAAUUUCCAGAGCCAUAUGAAUGGACUGACGCACCAGCAGAAGAUGAUGGAGAUCCAGCACAUGAGUAACGCAUGUCUCGUCACGCUGCUGCCACGAGUCCAAGAGUCUCUGCAAGGAGCUCGUAAAGAUGGAGAGAAGAGGCCAGGCCUGCAGAGAUGGUGCUCCACCUGCCAAACUCACUUCACCUCCAACGUCAUGGACCAUCGCCGAACCAAGGAGCACAAGCGCUGUUGUCACUCAUCCAGCACCAGCUGUACUGUCUGUAAGCGCGAGUUCAAAACGCCCAGAGAGUUUGUGGAGCACAUGCGGUCGACGGAGCAUAAGCAAAGAGUCGAGCAGCUGUGGAAGGAGUCUGGAAAAGACGGAGUGGAUGAGCUGAACUCCGAGUCGUAUUUGGGCGAUGAGGACGGUGAUGUCACCGAUGACGAGAGAGAGGACGAGGAAAACGGGAAGGAGGGUUUCUCUGCACAGAUGGAGGUCACACUGGAAGAUCUGACUGAAGACGAGGAGUUUGACCCGGAUACAGAGUACGGAUCUAGUUUUGUGGUUCCUGUCGCUGGGUUUCUCUGUCGACUGUGCAAUCAUUUCUAUCACUUUGAGUCAUCGGCUCGACAUGUGCACUGUAAAACACUCAAACACUUUCACAAUCUGAAGAGUUAUAAAGCCUUAAAGACACGUGAAGACGCCGGUUCAACUUCAGCAGGAUCACCAGAGCAUCACAGUCCAGAUAAAACCAGCACCAGAGAACCUCGGUUUACCUCACCGGAGUCUCUCAACCCAAAACCAGCCCUCCAAACACCUCAGUCAAGCAGCCGUAGCUCCCCUCCUGUCCUCAGUAUCUGCAGACUGAGCACCAACGACCCGGAAACAGUCCGAUCGCCAGAACGGGACGAAGACCUCGCGGGUGUGGCAUGCUCUACUCCUCCCAGCCAAUCAGGACCGGACGCAGAGGACGAAUCAAUCGCGGGAGACCCUGAGGAGGAGGAGGAGGCGGUCGGUUGCAGCAUCUCCGAGGUGCGGGCCUUCAGGGGUCGCGGCCGGACUCCUGCUAAGAGACGAGGACGAGGAGGGAGAAGACGCUGAGACGUCAUGAAGACGACGAGAAGUCUAGAGCUGCUAUCAAUCCUGAGAGACCCUCACAGGACCCUAGUGAAA